UGUCUUACGAUGCGCAUUCCAGGCUGAGCUCAGAGCGGACCUGGAGGGCUUUCCCUCCAGCGGAUCUUGAGGAAUUAUUGGCAGCAAGGAGCAACCUUCCCCUUUGGGGGUGAAACUCUGUGCAGCUUGCCCCAGUCUGCAGUGAACGAAGAUGCUGUAUGCCAGUCUGUGAGAGCCACCUUCCCUCUUGGGAAGGGGACCGACGCAAAGGACCUCUGUGGCCCUCUUCUACACAAGAAUCUGUUCCCUUCCUUCCGCAGCCCCCGUAGGCUCUUUUGUCUAAGGGGGAAGCCUCAGUUCCUCCAAAUCUUGGACUGCCCUUCCCCCCUGCAGAAUUUUGCUCUCCUCCUGUCUCAUGAGGAUUUGAGGGCAUCCCCAAGGGGGCCCCCGGUAGACAGUGGGCCUACCAUGGCAAGGCCGGUCUGUUUGCUGGUGCCUCUGGCGUUACUGGUGGGCUUGGUCCUGGGCCCUGGUGCUGGGGGAGCAGCCUUGGAGUUUGGGGGUGCACCGGGGCAGUGGGCUCGCUACGCUCGGUGGGAUGCCAGUUCCUCCGGUGAGCUAAGCUUCAGCCUCAAGACCAACGUGUCCCGCGCUCUAGUCUUGUACCUGGACGACGGGGGCAACUGUGACUUCCUGGAACUGUUGAUCUUGGAGGGUCGUUUCCGUUUGCGUUUCACCAUCUCCUGCGCUGAGCCAGCCAGCUUGCACCUUGAGACCCCCAUCAAUGACGACCGUUGGCACAUGGUGCUCUUGACCCGCAAUUACCGGGAAACCAUGCUGGUGGUGGAUGGCGAGGCCCGGGUCGCCGAAGUCAAGUCAAAGCGGCGGGACAUGGCAGUGGAGAGGGAUCUCUUUUUCGGCGGCAUCCCGCCGGACGUCCGCCUGUCGGCCCUGACACUCAGCACUGUCAAGUACGAGAUGCCCUUUCGUGGGAUGGUGGCAAACCUCAAAGUGGGGGACAUGCCCCCAGCCUUCUUGGGUAGCCAAGGCAUCCGCAGCGACAUGGAAUAUCUGUGUGCCAAGCAGAACCCCUGUGUCAAUGGUGGGAUUUGCACCGUGGUCAACAGUGAGGUGCAGUGUGAUUGCCGCCUGACUGGCUUCCAGGGCAAGUUUUGCAGUGAAGAAGAGUUCACGAUGGAAGGGAAAGAAGAAUUCGUGGCAACAUUCAAAGGGAAUGAAUUCUUCUGCUACGACCUUUCGCACAACCCCAUCCAAAGCAGCACCGACGAGAUCACCCUUUCCUUCCGCACCCUUCAGCGCAACGGCCUGAUGCUCCACACUGGGAAGUCGGCCGACUAUGUCAACCUCUCGCUCAAGAGCGGCGCCGUCUGGCUGGUUAUCAACCUGGGCUCCGGUGCCUUCGAGGCUCUGGUGGAGCCGGUGAACGGCAAGUUCAAUGACAACAACUGGCACGACAUUCGUGUGACUAGAAACCUGCGCCAG